AUGUCACUUCGCGACCCAAAGACACACCGUAGCACUUUCUCGCUCUACGCCACUAUUGUGCUCAUUAUCCCAUCAAUAUUGCCCGCCACUAUUUCGCUCAUUAUCCCAUCAAUAUUGCCCGCCACUAUUUCGCUCACCUGGGUGUGCAGCCUCUUCAGUGGCAGAGCUUUUCACAAAGAUCCAACGUCACCGAUAGUGAAAAUUCCAUCUGCACCUCAAUUCUUCCUAUUACUUCCGCCUCCAUAUUCUAGCACAUCAAUCACCAAUCCCCUUCACUACCACUGCAGCCAUCACGUGGCGCCAAGACUAGCUCUCCCCAAGCACCUAUAUAAGCUCGCCGUCACCGUCGCCCUCACACUCUCGGAGGGGCAUCACUGUAGCAGCGAGGAGGGGCUGCUACCGAAGCGCGGCUUGUUUCCAGCAUGCUGGACGCUUUCACUUCAGCAUUUGGUUGUGUUUGGGUACCAUUCAGAUAGCUAUACCAUAAAAAAACCGACUUCACUUUGCCUGAUUCGCUUCCUCUCGUGGGGAUCGGGCUCUCCAAAAUUCCACUGCUUCCGCGAACGGAUGAAGAGGGCUUCGCGAUACACCCUUAAUUUUACUCUCUAUAGUCCUCUAUCACUUUCAGAAACACGGCCCAAUUCCCCGAAAGUGGAAAUGACUCAAGAGCAAAAUUGGCUUACACCAACGUCCUUUAAAUUCUGGAGACUAAUCUCUGAACCUUCACCAUCAUGGUCUUCGCCACACCUAACGCAGAGCCGCUUCUCAAAUGAAUUAGCAUCCUUCCAGCCAUUGGAAACGCUCACCCCUUCGCCCCCUCUCCUCCGAACUCCUUGUGCCGUAGAUGAAACCUUACAUCCAAUCCUGUUACCCAUGAAUAUUCAUCGUAUGCCGUUCGAUUUUGAAGCUAAAUUGGCUAACCUUCCACCAAAUGCUCCUUGGAAGCAAGUUGAAGCUUAUCCGAACAAACGCCUUGAUAUUUUCGAACUGUCAGCCAUUAUCACCUUGACACUCAGAGCAAUCUCUACAACGUCUUCAACCUUUGUCUUCCCCCAAUGUACUGUGAUAGGGAGUGAAAGCCCCUCCUGUUCCCAAACACCGCGAUUCCCCAUCUCUUCCCACUCCGCGUCCCACUUUAACCAGGCAUCUCCCUUCUGCCAAAGUAACCGAACAAAUAUUCCUCCGUUCGCAUCUUGCAUAUCCAACUCCCGUAAUUAUCUAUCGAUUUUUUCAUCCAAUUCCAUGAUUUUCGCCUGGGGUUGCACCCUAGCAAAGAGGCCAAUGGUAUGUCGUCCAUCAAACCAUUUCUGGAGACAAUCGUUUCCGUCUACACGGGAGAAGCAAGUAGUAUUCGAGGCCGAAAAAAUUUAA